AUGAACGACGAAAACCUCGCCCUCGCCACAUGGAUCUCCUUGCGCUGCAGUCACUCCCAACUCAAUGGGGAGACUCUCGCCACACUCUUCCAGGCGAAUUCAAUCACCAUCAGCGCAAAAGACUACACGCGCCGCCGUUUCGCCCGCGAUGUUACGCGCGACUUUCCUUUGGCCUACGCGCCCCUUUUCCGCGAGCUCAGCAUUCUCGUCCCGCCUUGGAUGAAUCUUUGGGGCGACACGGACGAAUCGAUGAGCCUUUGGAGUGGGACCGGAACCCAGCGGUCGAGACUGCAAAUCGACAUGAAGAUCCACGCACCAACGAACACUCCCGAGAUCAAGAGCAUUCCAAGUGCUUCCGCCAACGAUGCUACUCAGGCGUUGACUGAUGAACUGGCGAAGACGAAGACCACUGCUGUUUGGGGAGCGGAUCUCAUGAUGGAGAUUGUGAUCUGUAUGCGCGAGCUGGGCGCGCAACGCGAUGGUUCUUAG